UACCAAACAUGGAGAUUGAGAAGUCUGUGUUUGAGAACUCUAUGCCAGAAGAAGAUCAAAAUGGCAACGAUAGUCCGUUAAAUGAGGGCGAAGCAAAGCGUUUGUGGGGACCACGGCACGCGGGAGCCAGGGAACUUAAAGAAAAAUAUACGAAAGGAAAACGGAUACAGGAGUGGAUAUGCGUGAUAGUCUGCUUUCUACUAGUUGUGUACAAUGGACUGAAUCUGUAUAGCUACUUUAGGAUAGAGCAGUGGAUAACCAUCUUAAUUUGUGCAGGAUGUGGCAUCACUCUAGCAGAUUUUCUCAGUGGCGUCGUUCACUGGGGAGCCGAUACAUGGGGGCGUGUUGAUAUGCCAAUAUUUGGUCCGGCAUUCAUUCGUCCCUUCCGCGAGCACCACAUCGACCCGACGGCGCUGACGCGACACGACCUCAUCGAGGCAAAUGGCGACAACUGCAUGGCGACGAUUCCGUUUCUCAGCUACAUGGCGUACAAGUUUGCGAGCCACGCUCCCGAGCAGAUCGCGGCCGACUACUCGUGGGACAUGUUUGUGUACCAGCUGAGCAUCUUCGUCACAUUAACUAACCAGAUUCACAAGUGGUCGCACACCUACUUUGGGCUCCCCUGGUACGCGCAGGCACUGCAGAAGGCUCACAUCGUGCUGCCGCGCAAGCACCAUCGCCUGCACCACGUCUCGCCGCACGAAACCUACUACUGCAUCACCACCGGCUGGCUCAACUACCCGAUGGAGGUCGUCGGGUUCUGGCGACACGCCGAGACGCUCAUCACAAAGCUGACCGGCUCCAUACCGCGGCAGGACGACAUGAAGUGGACCGCGAAGACGGAAUGACGACGUGGCGCCCCCGCCCUGCAUUGUUUCGGAAUCACGAAGUGGUCUGCGAAGAUGCAGUGAUGACGUGGCGCCCCACCCCUCCCCUGUGAUGUCUCUUUUUUGUUUUCGGAAUCACGAAGUGGGCUGCGAAGAUGGAAUGACGACAUCACGCCCCCCUCCCCUCCGACGUCUUUUUUGUUUUGUUUUUCUAAAUGGAACAAACAUUUUUCGCAGGUUCUUAGAAUGUGUACGUUACGUUGCUUGUGAGCAUGAAUGCACGGCAGCAUUCUGCGACCAUUGUCUUGGUGUCCUAUAUUUGGGGUAUAUCGCCUGCUGCAUCGCUUGUCCUAGCAGAGUAGAUUUUGCAUGGCGAUGCAUGCAUAUGGCUUAUCUACGUGUGUUGAGAUUAGAGUGCCGAUUGUGUGCUUCACGCACUACUUAUCUGUGCAGUAUCGGUACAGAUGUGUUUUCUAACCGAUUUUUAAAACUCGAAAAAUGGUUCGUAGAAAAUUGAAAAUGGCAGCCAAAACUUUUCUGCAUUUUUACUCAGGUUUUCUGGUGGUUCUCCACCUGUAGCUAUUGCUGUAUGUUCUUUGUCAUGUAUUUACGAAAGUUUGCUAGCACUGUUUCCUUCUGGAUUGACACAUUCCAACUGAUACGUUCUGUGCAGUACUCCUACUUAUGUACCAUUGUUGGAGACGUUUUCACCUGUGCCUAGUCUAGCGGCUUUUUGUGCAGAUGGAAUGAACGUCUUCAGAAAAAAAAGAAAAACCAAUGAAAAAAACAAUGCAUACAAAACAAAUGAAACAGCAACAAAUGUAGUUAGUGACUAUGCUAGAUGAUUGUUUGCGUGUAAUAAUGUAUAUGAGAUUUGCAGGGUACAGCCCGGAGUACACAUGCUAUUUUAUUUUGUCAAACUGGCACCUGACGACCUGAGUUACAGCAGCAACACUAGUUUAUUGAAGGCAACAUUCACGUAGUUGAGAUUUAUACGUAGGAUGGUGAUAGUGAUAUCAGUCAAUUCGAAUCGUGCUCUCUCGUCAAUGCAGCUUCGGUGACUCACAAUAUCUCACAAAGAAAACACAUGUUAAUACAUAGAAUACGCAAGACAUACAACAUAAUUCAUGCGACAACGAUAUUCUCUAUACGCAGUGGUCACGGCACCAUUGUAAUAAUGAGUUCCUUCUACUCGUUUGUUAUCCGUGAUCGUAUGAGUGGUCUACGUAUAUUGUUAGAGAUAUCGCUGUACGCAUCAUACACCAGUUACUGAACACUGCAGGUACGUGGUUAAAGUACAAACAUCUUUACUGUUCAAGAAUGACAAGACAUAUAAUAUGUGCCCAUGUAAUGAGCAGAACAUAUACAGAUGUGUACGUGCUAUACAAACAGAACUUACAUCUCAAGCGUUGGUAGCAGUAACCGCAACAGUAAGACUAGAUACGUAUGUCAACUAGAUUGCAAGAGCAGACAGAGGGUUAUUUCCUGUGCUACCGUUUAAAUAGUGACGCCGUGACUAUUGUCUUGGUCGUCCGCCGUCAUUGGUCGCCCGCUCCAGCGACCUCUGGUCACGCGUGUCCAAAUGACACGCGCUCCCAUUGGCUGCUGGUGCGGGUCGUGGUCACACCCCCUUGACCACCAGCCCAAUUACGUGUCGCGGGCUAGAUCUGCACACGUGCGCGUUUCUAAGACAAAGAGCUUUGUCUUAUCCUUCUGAUUUCCUUAUUAUUACAUAUUACAUAUUCCGUAUUACAAGUGUAGUCAUGGCAUUCGUUUACAUAUGCAUAUGUAAGCGAACCCUGAUAAUAUCAAAUAAGCAUUGCUGACAUGUUUCCCGGUGUGGUUCACGGAUAUGUGGUGACGGGCCCAUGUCAAGUUCCCCCAGGCUUAGCUUAACGUUGAUCGCCCCAGUGGCAUCCCUUCUUGUCAACCAAAUUCUUGUACUCUACUAUUAGUGCCAUUUUGAGGGUUACACUUAUGGAACACUGGGUUUAUUACAGCACAUGUCUUUUAACAGAAGAUAAUUUGCUAGUUUAAUAGCUUGCGUUUGUGUCGAAAAGGUAUGUCAGAGUUAAAAGCGUCCAAACUUAUUCUGUCCAUUUGAAAUGUUUUCUGUGGCUUUGCAUUGAAUGUUAAUAGUAAUAAGUCCAUCCGCAAUCGUGUUAGUGCAGUUUUUAUACCAACAUGUAUCUUGUGCAUCUAGGAUUAUAGUAUGCUUGCGCAAGCUGGACAUAGUAAUCAAGCUGUGUGGUGACCUAUUUUUCCUUGUCCAAAUUUUAUUUUCGUUUUAUAUAUAUAUAUACACAUGUCGCUGAAUAAAGUUUAGUUUUACAUGCGAAUAUCAGAGAAUAAUGUUUCCCAGACAACGUUCUUGUUAAUGUGAUAUCUAGUUGAUUGUUGGUAACAGGGAACCGUUUGAUGGAAUGAAAUGUUGAGAAAACAAUUCCCAUGUAUGAUGAAUGUACCUAUAUGAAUCUUCAGUGCUAAUGUUGUACGUUAUUGUGUAGCAGGCAUCUCCUUAAUAGCUGAGCUUUAGAAAAAUGUGAUGUUAGAAAGUCAUACAUGUAUUUUCUUUUAGAUAUACCUGUUUGUACCUGUUCAAGUGUUUGCAUAUAUAUAUAUAUAUAUAUAUGUUUGUGUGUACGUACGUGCGUGUGUUCGCGUAUGUAUGCAUCAAGAGUAGAUGAUAAAGAUGUAUCUGCAUUAUCUAAUAUAGGUCAGUCUUUACGAUCUACUCAGAAAAAAUAUCACCAGUCUUUUUUUAUUUCCAUGGAAAAUUCUGUUGAUAUACGUGAAGGAGACAGUGCAGACUGUCAUUAUUUAUGAUAUUGUAUCGUACUGUAUUGUAUGUAAUUAUAAUAGUGCUUGUUGUCAUAUAUUUCGUGUGAGGAUUAUGAAACAACGGUAUAACCUGAACGCCACGUAUUUAAGGACAAUCGGUUGUCUGUAAGCGAAUCAAAGCAAUCGAACAUUAUUAUCAUCAAAAGCAACAGAAUAUACAGUUCUGAACAACGGUUGUGAACAGGAACAUAGUGCAACACAUUAGCAUUCCGAGAAUUUUAAUUUCUUUAUUAAAAUCAAGUGAACUGUAAA